ACAUAGAUGUGUGAGUUCGUUUGUGUAGGUGUUUACAUUGCUCAAGUGUUUGAAAAACGUUUAUAAUACGACUUUAUAAUAUUGAAAUAUUAUCUAAUUUAAUAAUGUUUUUUUUUAUUUUGUAAAUGAUAUAUAAAUAAAGUGUCAAUUCUUAAUUUACUGUAAUUUUAAAGAAAAACACAACAAUGGCAAGUGGAGAAGGCGUAGAAAAGAAAAUUUCAUUUGGCUUUUCAAAGUCAAUAAAAAAGCCUGUUUUAAAUAAAAAUCCUCAACCAGAGAAAAAAGUUGAUUACAUUGAAUGCUUGGAUGAAAAAUCAAUUAAAGUUGUCGGUGGAGAGGAGAAAAAAGAUGAACCUCUUGUAAUUCCUAUGUUGGGAUCAAAAACAUGGCACGAUCGAAUUUUAAAUAAAGUUAACGCCGAUAUUUACGAGCCAAAAGUUGAAACAGUUACAAAUGGAAAUGCAAUUAAUGAGAAUAUUAAACAAGAAAUUAUUGACAAUGUUAAUGAGAAUAGUGCUGUACUUGAAACAAAUAUUUCUCAACCAAUGGAAAUUGUAAUUGUAAAACAAGAAAAACCCGAUGAUGAAUCUGUUAAAACUUUAGAGGAACAAGCAGCAGCCGAAAUUCUACAGGAUCUAAAACAAGAACAAGAAACAACAAAAGAAAUUUCCGCUGUUCCUUUACCCGCUGAUGAUUCUUUAGUGGGAAAACAAGAAUCAACACUUGAGGACUAUGAACAAAUACCAAUUGACAAAUUUGGGGAAGCAAUGUUACGAGGAAUGGGAUGGCAACCAGGAAAGGGAAUUGGUAAAAAUGAAAAAAUUGUAUCAGCAGUAAUUCCAGAAUUAAGACCACGAGGAAUGGGUUUAGGAGCGGAUAAAAUGCAAAUACAAAAACAAAUAGCCGCAUCAAAAUUGGCUGAAGAAGGAAAUUUGAAACUAGUUAAAGGGGCUUUCGUUAAAAUAAUUACUGGCAAACAAUCGGGUAACUAUGGACAAAUCGAAGGACUUGACGAUGACGGUGGACGAUUAAUGAUUAAAUUGGCACUGGGAGGAAAUAUUAUUUCAAUCAACGAAUCAUUAGUUCAUCCAGUUACGAAAAAUGAAUUCGAUAAAUAUUCAAAAGUGCUAAAUUCAAAAAAAUAUGAGGAAUUUAAAAAUAAAGAGAAAAAAAAUGAAAAUUCUAUCACUGAGAAUCGAAUGAAUAGUGAAAGUAGUGGCGAUGACAAUAGAAAACGAGGAAGAGAAAAAUAUGAAAAAUCACGUGAUCGAAAGAAAUCAAAGAAACAUAAACGAUACUCAAGUGAUGACAAUGAUGAUAAUGAUGAUUCAGAAUCGGAUAGAAGAUCACGAAGAAGAAAAUAUUCAGAUGACAGUGAUUCCGAUCAUAGACGAAGGAAAUCAAAGAAAACAAAAAAACACAAAUCGCGAGAUAAUUCUUCAGAAAAAUCGAAUAGAAAUAAAAGAAAACAUAAAGAAAGAAAUAGAGAUUCACCAAAAAUUGAUAAAUACAAACAUAGAAGAUCUCGAUCGCGUUCACCUAGAAGGCGAUAAUUGUACUAUAUAUUUAUUUUGGCAUUAAGUUCUUAAAUUUUUUUGAAAAUCAAUUUUGAUAAAACAGAAAAUUGGAAUUUUAGUUCUUUGACAAAUUAAAUUUAAAUCAAUAUUCUUUAAAAAUAAGAAAAAUUUCAUAAUGAAAUUUAUUUAAUAUCGUUGACAAUUGGAUAAUUGAUAAUAUUAAUAAAUUAUUUCUAUCUUCUUAUUUUUUAUAAGAAUCUACAAGUUCAUUUUCACAAAAUAUUUUUGUGUUUCCGAACAAAAUAAACGCAAUAAUUUUUUUUCUAUGUAAAUUCGAAAAAUACGUGCCUGUAAUUUACAAUUUUUGAAAAAUUUUCGAAUACUUAUCAAGUUUUAAAUUUAUUAAGACAUAAGAAAAGUGUAAUUUUUCCAAAAAUGGUGUAAAUUUAAAAUUUUGUUAUGCGUUUUAUUUUUCUUUUUUAAUAAACCUUAUUUUUUAUA